AUGUCGACUACAGUUCAGACGACGCACGACAGCAUUGAGCUUCGUUCCCUUAGCUUAGCAGGAACCUCGCAGGAGAUCGGCAAGGCGAAUUCUUUUCCGGAACCGCAAGCAAAGUACAACAAAGCUUCCGGAAGUCCCUCAACAGAGGAUGCCGUUUAUGCUGGAGUUCGACCUUCUGCGCUGCGCGUCACUCUGACAAUACUGCAACCUUCCUUCGUCAACUUUCUCACCUCCUUCACGAAUGGUUUGAUUACAGUCGGGUUGCCUGCCAUCGCCCGGGACAUUCACUUGGCACGGACGCUAUACUUAUGGCCCUCUUCUGUUUACGGUUUGACUUCGGGCUCAAUCCUGCUGCUUGCUGGAGCUGUGGCAGAUUUGAUUGGAGCAAAGAAGGUUGAGCUUGUGGGAUGCGUGCUAGUCGUGUCGAUUGUGGCGAGCGCAGUCCCAAGUGGACGACCUCGAAACAUUGGGUAUGCCUGCCUUGGUGCAAGCCAGGUGCUCGGGUUCUCGACCGGCCUGGUGGCCAGUGGCGUCAUGGUUGACCGCAUCGGAUGGCGCCCAGGCUUUUACAUUUCCGGAGGGGCUCUCCUUGCUACCGCUUUCGCGGCUUUCCGUGGCCUCCCGAGCGUCGCGCCGAGCGUUGGCGAAGACGACACACGGUCAGUGUGGCGGAAGCUUUACGACGAGGUGGACUGGGUUGGUGGCGUCAUGGCCAGUGCUGGUCUGGCACUCCUCUCAUACGUCCUGGCUGCUUUGAGCGCAGACCUCAACUCCAUCAAGAGCCCGCUAAACGCUACUUUGCUGCCCUUGAGCGUCGUUCUGAUGGCAGCAUUCCCACUUUGGAUGAAUUAUCGGCAGAAGCAUGGCAAGCCAGCUCUUGUUCCGAACUCGCUGUGGCGCAACACCACUUUUGCGAGCACAUGUCUCAUGGUUCUGCUAUCUUACGGAGUCAUGAACUCCAUGGAGCUGUUCUCCAGCCUGUACUACCAGGAGAUUCAGGACGCAAGCGCCCUGACAAGCUCCCUGCAGUUUCUUCCCAGCAUGACCGUUGGCUGCGUACUCAACUUGACAGUCGGCAUCUUCAUCCACAAAGUCCCAGCUCGAUGGCUUGUGACAGUAUCCUCGGUUCUUUGCGCGGGCGCUCCCCUGCUCAUGGCCUUAGUGAAUCCUGCCUGGAGUUACUGGUACCUGGAGUUCUGGGCCCAAGUGCUAGCUCCGAUGAGCGCCGAUAUCCUGUUCACCGUCGGCCUCAUCAUCAUUUCAGAUGUCUUCCCGGAGAAGACUCAAGGUCUGGCUGGCGGCGUCUUCAAUACGACAGCGCAAUUCGGUUUCUCACUAGGUACUGGAAUCUGUCAGCUUGUGGCGCUUGGAGUAGCUGGCAAUUCCUCAGGCGGUGGCGGUCACGGCAGUAAUGAAAGCUCGGAUGUCGAUCCGAAAGCAUUGCUUGAAGGCUACCGAGCGAGCUUUUGGACCAUGUUCGCCUUCAUGUUAGCUUGUGCACUACUUGCCGUGUUUGGACUCCGGAAAGCUGGCACUGUUGGCCUGAAGCGGGACUAA